AUGGAUGCUCUAGGGGCCUUCACCCACAUGAAAGACAACAUUCCUGCAUGGAUCACUCGCGUUUCAGAGCUCGCAGCACACACUCACAAAAAACAUGAUGAAUACUCCGAAGCGUACAGACGCCACGCAACCUUCAAGUCCCGCCGACGCAAAAACAGCUCUGUUUGCUCCAUCCACACCAAUGACCUCGUUCCGAUCGCAGAAAGAAAGGGUCCCAGCCCAGAACCUCUGGCCCUGGAGACACCACAGGAUGCGCCCGAGCAAGGCCAACGUUCAGGCCGCAAGCGCACUACAGAUGAGGCCCCAUCAGUCGAGUCCAAUGAAGAACACAACAUGUUGGUAAGCACACGGCACAAUGUCAUCAUUGAAUAUGAUGGCCAUACACAACAGACGCUCGAGACAAUUGUACGCGAUAUCGGGGUGGCCAGGAACAACAUCAGACGAGGACAGAUGUCAUUGAUGCCGCGCACUGGACUGCGCUCGGGCUUGUUGAGCAAAGGCAUGAUGAAUAUGCCGAGUGGAUUGGGACAGACAGGGUCACUCUCUUGUGUUCGCAGCACCCGGACCACAUCUGGAGUUGUCGGUAUCUCUGGGACCAGCGCACUUCGGAAAGACUCCCCUUUUGACUUCGCAGACAAGCAGUUGGAACUUGCUCAUGCGCUUUGCGAGACAGCAGCUUACCAAGUCCUCCGAUCUGGCGACUGUGGCACGGAAUUGGAUGGCGUGGAGGAGAAAUUCAAGAUGCUACUCGAGGCGGCUAUCAACGAGGUCGACCGUAUCAUGGCAGAAAAGAAACAACAAGAAGAACACGAGCAAAAACAACAAGACGGGACCGCAGAAGAAGGACCUCCCAAGCCGCCCCCUACUCCAUCCGCGGCCCGACUCGCCAUGGUUGCUGCCAUAGCUGCGAACAAGCCCUCGAUGGCCACGACAGGCCCCAUUGAAGUCGAUGAUAACUCAUCUCUUUCGGCUGAGUCGAUUGACAUCACUGCAUUCCGAUCCACCCGGAUCCGAGUGUAA